AUGGCCACGUUAACCCCAAAAAUCUUGUUCCUUUCAUGCUUUCUUCUUCAAAACUUGACUACAACCUUAAGUGCAGAUUCAACAGACAAUUAUUACCUCAAUACUACGAAGCUCAGUUCAAGCUAUAUCCCCAAACCUAAGAACCUUAUCCUCAACACCAUUGACUCUUGCUGGAGAGGCAAAUCAAACUGGGCAUCGAAUCGGAAAGCCCUGGCUGAUUGCGCUGUUGGGUUCGGCAAAGACGCCACUGGAGGUAAGUUUGGAGCUAUAUAUGAAGUCACUGAUGCAUCCGAUGACCCUGUGAACCCUAAACCGGGGACACUUCGCUAUGGUGUCAUCCAAACACGGCCUCUUUGGAUAAUAUUCGCCAGGGAUAUGGUUGUGACCUUCAAGAACGAGCUUAUAGUCAAUAGCUAUAAGACCAUCGAUGGCAGAGGAUCCAAAGUGGAGAUUGCUUAUGGACCUUGCAUCACCAUCCAAGGUGUUAGCCAUGUCAUUAUACAUGGGAUUAGCAUUCAUGAUUGUAAACCAGGAAAAGCUGGGAUGGUUAGGAAUAGUGAAGAGCAUGUGGGGCAAAGGGGAGGUUCAGAUGGAGACGGCAUUAGCAUAUUUGCUUCUUCGCAUGUUUGGAUCGAUCAUUGCUUCUUGGCUCGUUGUACAGAUGGCCUUAUUGAUCUUAUCCAUGCCUCAACUUCUGUCACCAUCUCUAACAAUUACUUCACUCAGCAUGACAAAGUAAUGCUGCUCGGGCACAGCGAUGAAUAUACAGCAGAUAGAAUAAUGAAAGUGACAGUAGCCUUCAAUCGUUUUGCCAACGGCCUCGUAGAGAGAAUGCCAAGGGUGAGAUUUGGGUAUGCGCAUGUGGCGAACAACCAAUAUGAGGAGUGGAUUCAGUACGCCAUUGGAGGCAGUGCCGACCCUACCAUUUUAAGUGAAGGCAACUACUUCAUAGCUCCAAACAACGCUACUGCAAAACAGGUUACCAAGAGGGAAACAAGUGAUAAAAGCUGGAACAAGUGGAAGUGGAGGACGUACAAGGAUGAAUUCAGGAAUGGAGCAUAUUUUGUUCCAUCAGGGUUUGGAAGUUGUGCUCCUUAUUAUGCAGCUUCACAGUCUUUCAUAGCUGUUACUGCCUCCUUGGUCCCUCAUUUGACUCUCAAUGCUGGUCCUCUUCAUUGUGUCCUUGGCAAGGCUUGCUCCUAAAAUUGUAUUUGGCCUCGUCGUUAUAUCAGCACUUGAUGCAUGCAUUUUGAUCUCUACAUGCUGUUUCUUUUUCCUUUUUUUUUAAGCUCGGAAUGGGA